UAAGGACGCUUAGAGAUGGGGUUUUAAUGUCAUGACGUCACUUUAAUUAGGGGCCACUUUGAUCCUUUCAGACUCUAAGCCUCACUCUGUCCUAUUCUGUCUGUCGGCGGACGCGGGAUGAGUUAAUGACUCCCUCCGGACCGUGGAGGAGAGUGCAUGUCCGCACAAACGGAUGUUGCUGAUCCGCGCAACCCUGUAGGCCACAGCACUGCUCCCCUCUCCGUUCCGACGUUUCCCUGCAGGUGAUGCUUUUGUGAAAAGGUGACGGGAAUACAAAACUACACGAGUUCAUAAUGGCAGACAAGGAUAGCGUGGAGAAAUAUCUGGAGAACAACCCGCAGUUCGCCAAAGAAUACUUUGAGAAGAAGAUGCGCGCCGAGGCCCUGGUCGCAGCCUUUAACGCACCUGUCGUCGUCAAAGACACCGCUUCCUUCACGGAUGUUAACUCUGUCCAGGAAGCCGCCAUCAUCUUCGAGUUGGUCCAGGAGUUGCAGAAACAGGGAGAGAUGGAGAAGCCUCUUCACAAAGUGCUGCAGAGAGUUGCCCUGCUCAUACAGGCCGACAGGGUCAGCUUUUUCAUAUGCCGGGCGAGAAAUGGAAUACCUGAGCUGGCCACGUCCCUCUUUGACGUGACCGCAGCAUCCAGGUUCGAGACCAACCUAGUCAAUCCGCAGGGUGAAAUUGUGUUCCCUCUCGAUAUUGGUAUUGUUGGUUACACCGCCCACUCCAAAACGCCACAAAAUGUUCCAGAUGCUUCAAAGAAUCAAAAGUUCUCUGACUUUGUGGACAAACAGACGGGAUAUAAGAAGAAAGAGUGCAUUGGAGUUGUUAUGGCACUAAACAAAAUAGGAGCUGAUGCGUUCUCUUCAGAGGAUGAGGCACUCUUCCACAAGUACAUGAACUUUGCACAAGUCAUCACCCUGCAGCAUUACACAGCCUACAUGUUCAACGUGGAAUCAAGGAGGAGUCAGGUGCUGCUCUGGUCAGCCAGUAAAGUGUUUGAGGAGUUGACAGACAUUGAGAGACAGUUCCACAAAGCACUCUACACUGUGAGGACCUAUCUACAAUGCGAACGAUAUUCAGUGGGCCUGUUGGAUAUGACCAGAGAGAAGGAAUUCUAUGAUGAAUGGCCAGUGAAACUGGGAGAUGUGCAACCUUAUAAAGGACCAAAAACACCAGAUGGGAGGGAAAUCAACUUUUACAAGAUCAUUGACUACCUCCUGGAAGCCAAAGAAGAAAUCAAAGUUGUACCUGCUCCUCCUGCAGAUCACUGGGCUCUAGUCAGUGGACUGCCAAGCUACGUUGCAGAGAAUGGUUUUAUUUGCAACAUGAUGAACGUGGCUGCAGAUGACUUUUUUACUUUCCAGAAAGCGGCUGUGGAUGAAACAGGUUUUGUCAUCAAAAACGUCUUGUCACUGCCCAUUGUCAAUAAGAAGGAAGAAAUUGUGGGCAUCGCCACUUUCUUCAACAGGAAAGAUGGCAAGCCAUUUGAUGAACAUGAUGAACAGAUCACUGAGGCCCUGACACAGUUCCUGGGGUGGUCAGUGCUGAACUGUGACACCUACGACAAGCUGAAUCGUAUGGAGUACAGGAAAGACAUUGCCCAGGAGAUGCUCAUGUACCAGACCAAAUGCACCGAAAACGAGCUGCAGUCCAUUCUGAACACCAAAGAGAAGUUUGAGUCAGAGCCUGAAGACUGUGACCAGAAAGACAUGUACAAACUACUGAGAGCAACCUGCCCUCCAGCUGACAACGUCAAUGGAGAGAAUUUGUACUCGUUCGCAUUCAGUGACUUCCCCAUGUCAGAGUUCGAUCUCAUCAAAGCCGGCAUUCGCAUAUUCUUUGAGCUUGGGGUUGUUGAAAAGUUUAAAGUUCCUGCAGAGACGCUGACCAGGUGGAUGUACACAGUGAGGAAGGGUUACCGUGCCAUCACCUACCACAACUGGAGGCAUGGCUUUAAUGUGGGCCACACCAUGUUCUGCCUGCUGCAGACAGGGAAGCUGAAAAAGUACUACUCUGACCUAGAUGCUUUUGCCAUGGUGGCUGCUGCCUUCUGCCACGAUAUCGACCACAGAGGAACCAACAAUCUCUACCAGACAAAGAGUUCAUCUCCUCUGGCCAAACUUCACGGCUCUUCCAUUAUGGAGAGGCACCACUUGGAGUACAGCAAGACACUCAUGGCAGAAGAAAGUCUGAACAUCUUUUGUAACCUCCAGAAGCGUCAGUUUGAGAAUGUGCAACACUUGUUUGAUGUCUGCAUCAUUGCCACUGAUCUGGCCCUUUACUUCAAAAAGAGAACCAUGUUCCAAAACAUUGUGAAUGCCACAGAGCCAAUGACAGAUGAAAAGGAGGCCACUGCUUACAUUGCCAACAAUCCCACCAGGAAGGAAAUUGUCAUGGCCAUGAUGAUGACAGGCUGUGAUUUGUCAGCUAUCACCAAACCCUGGGAGGUACAGAGCAAGGUGGCUCUGAUGGUUGCUGCUGAAUUCUGGGAACAGGGAGAUUUGGAGAGAAAUGUUUUGGACCAACAACCAAUUCCCAUGAUGGACAGAAACUGUGCCGAUGAGCUGCCCAAGAUGCAAUGUGGCUUCAUCGACUUUGUGUGCUCAUUUGUAUACAAGGAGUUUUCCAGGUUCCACAAAGAGAUCCAGCCAAUGUAUGAUGGUCUGAACAACAACAGGGCACACUGGAAUGAGCUGGCUGAGAAAUACAAUGCAAAGAUGAAGGCCAUUGAGGAUAAGAAAAAACUGGAAGAGGAAGCCAAGAGAGGUGGCGAUGGAGGGAAGUCAAAGACUUGCACCAUCUGCUAAAUCCUUCCAGUGCUUGGAUCUGGACUAAUGACAUCUGGUUAGGACUCACUUAGACUACACUAGCCUAUUCUGGUCUAACAAGACAUGCAGUUGGAUCUUUGCUAGGCUAGCUUGGUCUAGUUAGGUCUACACCAGUUAGGUUAUCUGUGGUUAAAUGCUGUCCACUUUGGUGCAGCUCUGUUUGGUCUGGUCUGGUUCAGUCUAGCCUAUUUUAAUCUAGUGUAGUCAGGUCUAGUCUGGAUUAGGCCAGCCUAACUAUUCUCCAAGGAGGGAAGAAUCAGAAACAUCAUCGAGAAUAAUGGUGGGACUGACUACAAGAGAAACCGUUCGACUCUGAAGAUGUAUUUGAAACCUCCCUCUUCCUCUGUUUUGUACAGCACACAGCCAUGAACAUUUAAAAGCAAUAUAUUCACGGACAACAUUUAUUUUUAUUGAACACAGCUUGAACACACAGAAAUGUAACUGAAACAUUUAAUAUGGCUUGAAAGCAUGUUUGGACAACCUGUAAUCAAAUGUUCUAAAUGAAGCUAAGGUCAGAUAAAAACUCUUUAGUUUACAUAGCUGAAAUAGGGUACUGGAUGUGCUGCAUGUAAUGUGUAAACAUGCCAAAGCAAAUACUGUAGGUCUCAUACAGUUUUCCUAUUGGUGAGCAGCAGGAACAGUAAAGUAGUUCUGUAGGUUGCACAUUGCACUUAGCUGCUGCUGUUUUGGCAGUGGCAGGCCAUGAUCAGAGGGCGGGAGGGCAGCCGAGGGACCAACACCAUGUAACGUUAUACUUACAGGGAUACAAGGAGCUGGGUUACAAUUCUGUUAUUGGUUUAAAUAGUGUGGGUAACAUUUAAUGAGAUGUGAAAUAAGCUUCAUGAAAGGAGGGAAAACUGCAUUUUGAGGGAUCUGUUACGAGUGAUAACGCUCAACAAGGGCUGAUGUUUUCUUACCUCAAAGGCGCUGAUGAGCUAUGUGAGGGUGUAGUUAUUUUAAUAUGCAAUCUAUCUACAUACACAUUUUUUGAUGCUGAGGAUUUUGUACUUGAACCGUCUUUAUGGAUAGAGAGUUUGAGAUGAGCUUUGAGAGAGGAGGUUCUAAAUUUGUGAAUAAAUGCAUGCUAAACUCAUAUUCAGAAGAGAAUAUACUUUGAAUUUGUGCAGCUUUAUUGCCAGCUUUGAUUAACACCCGUUAGCUGUGUUCCUUAUUGUUCAUCUACCUGGGAAAAUAACCCAAAACACAAUAUUUACAUCACUGUUUAGUGCAAACCUACAAUUCCACAUUGAUUCACAAACUAAGGUCUUUUAAACAUGCACAGUUUCACAUCUAUAUAGUUUGACUUAGCAACUGUAAAAUGUAAAUUGUGUAAACUUAAUAAUACCUGAAGCAUAAAAUUGAUUUAAAGGAUGUAAAAGCAACCUAGAGUCACAGUCACAGCGUACAGUAGAUCUGACUUUCCUGUAGGACAGUUUGAAAGGAGCCAGCCAACAUUUGACAUCCACGCAGCUUUAACCUUUACCCUUCUUAAAGAGGAGGUAUAUCAGGCCACCAAAGCCUCAUGUACGGUAAGAUGUAGCUAUUGUGAUUGUAUGACGGUUCAGGACAAAGUCAUCCCCAUGUUUUAACUGAUCCAACAGUUAGAUGAAUCGCACAGUAAAUGUCAUUUGAUGUCAACUUGGUGUGAAUUUCCCCACAAAAGCAAAAUCUCUCCAUGUAAACCUGAAUUGAACUUCCUGUUACAUAAUGUCAUCAUGCCUAAUCAAUGGGGCAUCGAUCAAAGGCACUUAAUCCUAUCAGAAUAGCUCCUGGACUACCUGUAAGCCCUUUUUUUUCUGCUGCUUGAGGUGAAGUGAAGAGCUUUUGUUAUCACUGGAGACCAAACAUCAACUGAAUCAACCCCUGGGAGAUAUCAGUGUUCCUUAAGCACUCAUUUUAUCUGAAUGGUUAAACUACCAGUUCAGUCUCCAGUGAGAACAGUAGCUCCUUGUUUUUCCUUGAAGGAUACUUUUACAAUUACCAAAUAUGCACAGUAUACUUUCCCAAGCAACUGUCAUUCAGACAUUAGAAAUCAAUAGUUUGACAUAUGAAAUGAUGUCUAUUGUAUGUAUGUGUCGAGAUGUAAUAUUUUUAAGCAAAUAAAGGAAUUUAUGGCGGGGCAAGAAGAGACAGCUUUUCUAAAAAUGCACAAGAAAGUAUAAAGGAGACAAUUGAUCCCUUACUCACACUUGAAUCAAGCACAGGGCGACAUGAACUUAAGAAACCCUGGGUUUAGCUGCAGCAGUACUUGUUCUUAAUCAUAUAUCGUGCGGGGAUCUCAGAAGCACAAAAGCUGGAUGAGCCUCUGGGGAAAAGAGGAUCAGUGGAUUGCUUCUGAUCCCUGCCCGAUGCAAUGUUGUCUGGCUGCGUUGUCCAACAGCCCGUGUCCUGCCAUCUGCAGAUUCUGCAUGCAGAAAGUCGGAGACUGCAUGGUGUUAUGUAAUCGUAGUAAUGGUAGUACCAUUAACUUAGAAGACAAAUGUCACUCUCUGAAAGGACUGAAAAUAUCUGAGAUGAAAAGCAGCAAACCACUCCAGUAUGUGUGCAGUCUGAGUGCAAGACGCUACGGAGGUCCAAUUUGUAGGACAGUUCAGCUUGUUAUCCCCUACAUCAAAAUGACCAACCUCCACUGGUUUUCAGUCAAGUAGGAGAUAGUUAAACGUUACAUACUGGUUCUGGAUUUUUCAUUGAGGGAGGAACAGUAGAAAUUUUAACAAGCUAAUUCAAUUUUCUAAUCAAAUGCAAACUGUUUUUCAAGAAGAGCAUUAAUGCAUGUCAUAAGGGCCCUAAAUGCACACACAUAUGCAGGGAAGGAUUUUAAACAGAUGUUACCAGCACAACUGAUCAACUGUAAACACAGCCAGGUGUGUAAGUAUAGCCAGGGGCUGAAUCAUCUUACACCUCCACUCAAAAACAAGCUGUUUUCUACAGUAUACAGUAUAUGUUUUCUGCACCUAAUCACCUGUUGCCUUUCAUUGCCAUAGAUGACAUAGAAAUUCCUAUGAGAAAACAGCAAAGUUAAAAGGCAACAGGGCAGUAAGAGGAAAAGUAACUGCUUUUAUUUAAGCUAAGGUCUAUAAUCUCCCAGCAACCUCACGCAGUUCCCCUCUCUGCAAGCAGUGGAUAUGCCCUUGGCCUGAGGGACAAGCUAAUUCUUGUUGUCUUUUUGUAAGAGCAGAGUGCUUGACUCUUUCAUAUUACAACAAUUUCAGGGUUUUCCCUGCCAUAGACAGGCUUAGGCAAAGUUUUUGCAGAACACC